UGUGGUUCAGCAUUGUUAUGUUAAAAAUCAUUAACGAAGACUCAAAACAAAUUUUCUCAAAAGUACACAACAAGUUUUGUGCUUCAGCGUGAGAAGUUAUGAAUGCCAAAUAACGUAGAUACAUCCAAUAUCACUUUUGCACGAGGAGAUUUUGCAACGCAUCUUAGUGCCAGACAAAUUUCCAUUUUUACUUGAAGCAUUUUUCAGUUUCACACCAAAAGAAGCGUUCCGUAGAGAUCAAAUAAAAAAAUGUUGACUUUAUUUCGUAAUUUUUUCCAUAAGUUCUUAUUGGUAGUUUAUUUGACAGAUAACGUAGUAGCGAACGACGUUUAUGUUCCUUUGGAAGUACUGGUACCUAAAGUUAUUACGGAAGACUAUCAAUUAAUACCAGAAGCAAACAUGUUUUCUUUGAGAAUAUCAAGUAUCAAUAAUAAUCGCUACGAAAAAACUGAAGUGAAGGAUUUCGGUAAGCGUCAACAAGCACUAUUCGUUUCGGGGUUUUACACUUCAUUUCAUCCCGACAGCAAACAGAACUCUCUUGUUAUGUUCAAAGCUGGAAAAGAUGGUUAUUCGGCUCAUUUUUUUAUAAAUCCUAUGUUUGGUUUUGGCGGUGGUAGUGCGGCUCCACCUGACACCGCUAUAAGUGCUAAGGCAUUAAUGAGUGCUUCAGGCUAAGGCAAAUUAAAUAACUUUCUUUAAAUACUUUAUUUCAGCUUUAUUUUUAGAUAUUUUAGCUAACCACAUAUAAUA